CACCAACCAGCCCAACACCAGCUCAAGAACUUAUCGCAAUGUGGGCUCUCAAGUCGCCGCACCGGUUCCUCACCGCCGUCUUCGUCGCGCUGCUCGCAAUCGCAGCCAUCACCACUGCGUCCGCCGAUGACCACGCCCAACGCCGUCUAGCUACGAGUCUUGGCGACGCGCCGUCACUGCGACUUCAAUUCACGCUCAAGCGCGACUCCAUGAAAAUCUACGGCCAGUCCCAGUUCUACGUCUUCGCCAACCCGGUAGUGUCCUCCGACAACACUUCCGUUCUUUACGACGGCUACGCUGCGUUCAUGGACGGCUCCACGGACUACACGUUGAGCCUUGUGAACGGCAUCGCGUACUUUGUGACUUCGACGGUGGGCGACUCGAGCUCGCAGUCGGCACAGUGUCUGUCGUCGAGCCUCCUUCCACCGAUCAACUCCAUCGUGUCGGCACUCAACGGCGCCACGGCCAUUGCUGGUGCGUCUGCAGGCAACGACACCAUUACGUGCGCGACCGGAGACCUGUUCCAAGCCACGCUCGGUGACGCGACCUUCGUGAUCUGCUCGGCUGGCUCGGACGGCUUCACCAUCUACGGCAGUGACCUGGACAUCAGCGUCGAGUACCUCGACAGUCCUGUGGCGAUCACCGCGCCCACGCUGAGCGGUGACGCAGCUCUUUCGUGCGAGACGGUGGUCACUCCUACUACGGUCACGCCGACGACGCUUGCUCUGCUCACAGGCGAGGCCGUGUCCUCGUCUAGCAGUCGCAAGCUGAAGGCUGAGGCUACUACGACGCUGGCCUCGUCGUCUUGCAGUUGCAAGUCCACCCGUCGUCCGUGCAUUUUCUUCCACGGCCUGGGCUCCGACACGGAACAGACGACGCUGCAGACGUCUUCGAGCUACUUUGGUGAUCUCUCAAAGAACGCGCCGUGCUGCAGCUCGAUCAAGUACGCUGUACUUAACACCGUGAAGACCCCGUGGACCGACGCGACGCAGCAGCAGAAGGUGUGCAACUUCGCUCUCUCCGUCAGCAGCACAAGCAGCACCUCGUCCAAGACCAUUGCGGACACGAUCAUUGUGACGCAUUCGAUGGGUGGACUCAUGAUGGCAGGAGCGUUGGCCAACAACCGAUGCAAGUUUGCGUCGAGCACGACCUGGGUGAGUCUGAGUGCUCCUAUGACCGGAAGCAUGGGCUCGGACUACCUUCAGAACGCAUGCAGUGGCAGCAACGUGUUCCUUCAGGCUGUGGCGAACCUCGUUGGUCAGUGCCCGGCCAGCAACGCGGUCGUGGGGAUGUCCUACCAGUCCGAGUCGCACAGCACGUCGGCGCUGAACUCUGCGUACACGGCUGCCCAGACCGCGUUCCGGGCGAACGUCGACGCUGCAAUGUGCAGCGACAACUACUCGGGGCUACUAUCUACGGAUCAAAUUGUAUACAAGCUGGGAGGCUCUCUGAUUCCCCACAAGUCGGAUGAGAACGAUGGCAUCGUCGAGUACAAGAGCUGCGCCGGGGGACUCUCCACCUCCAAGUUCGGCAACAAGUACGACGACACGUUCUACCUGACGGGUCUCAACCACGCCGACACGGCCUUCCGCCACGGCGACGCUCUGGUCGUGAACUCGCAGAAGCCCGUCAAGUGGUUCGAGUGUCUGUUGUAAGCGUUGCUCGUUUUUCACCUUUCCUCGACUAAAAGGUGACUAAAAAGCAACAAGGUCUUGUCUUUUGGGUUUUC